GGCUGUAUUGGCAUUACACACGUACACGAGUACCAGCAUCGCAUAUCGAAAGACAGGAACCAACAGCAGCAUGUCCGAAAACAAAAUUACCUUCUUCGACAUACCCAGCAGGUCGCCUCAGGUCUGCUGGUCCAUGAAUACCUGGAGAACGAGAUUGCUUCUCAACUACAAAGGCCUUGAUUAUAAGACCGAAUGGCUCGAAUACCCCGAGAUCAAGGAGCGCCUCAGUGGACAUGUAUCCCCAAAUCAAGGAGGCGCACCCUUCACAUGUCCGGCCGUUCAAAUGCCAGACGGCUCAUACAUAAUGGACUCUUACAAGAUCGCCGACGUCAUUGAGGAAAAGUACCCAGAGCCAAGUGUACACCUGAAAAACCCAAUGCAAGACCGCCUCCGCGCAUCAAUGAUUAAAUUCAUGACUGAGAUGGUCCCCAUUUAUGUCCCCGGCGUCGCCAAAAACAUCAUCGGCGAAAAGAGCAUUGACUUCUUCCUGGCGACACGGUUGCAAGACGUAGGAAUGCCUCUCUAUGAGUAUGGAGAAAAGCACUCCCCCGGAGCAUUCGACAGAGCGGAACCGUUCGCACGUGAGAUUACGGCCUUACUGGAGGAGAAUAAGUCUGGGCCAUUUCUGCUGGGCGAUGUGGUGAGCUAUGCAGAUUUUAUCUGGGCGGGUAUUCUACUGUUUUUCCAGUGUCUUGGCGAGGAGGAGUAUAAGGAGGUGUUGAGGAUCACCGGUAAUGGGGAAGUCCAUACUAAAUUUCUAGAUGGGCUGCGGCCUUGGACAGAGAAGAAUAUCUGAUGCUAUCGAUAAGAGAUAAAGACAAGAUAGGCGUGACCUUAGCCUAUCGAUAAGCGCUCAUCAGGCUCUUAUUCGCUAAGUGCAGAUCCCACUCCUUAAACUUGUCUUGCUUUAGGGUAGUAAUAUUUAUCUUUCAUAUUCAGCCCGUU